AUCUGCAUAAAAACCGAGGCUUGAGCCUCGAUGAAGCUGUACAUUGGUGUUCAUCGCGCUUAAUCUGUAAUCGGUUUAACUAGCGCUGACGGCGCGCAGCUUUCUCUCCGCAUUCAUCAUGGCGAGCGCAUCAGCCGAAAGCGCCGCAUCUCUCAAGGGUUCAUGUAAAGAAUGUCAGAAUGGAGAGGCAGGACAUAUGGCAACGUUUAAGGCCUCGGACACUGUCGUCGAACUGUCCCCCACGCACAAAGCCAAGCCUGAUGAGUCGGAGCUGGUGUUCGGCAAGUUCUUCACAGACCACAUGCUGACGAUCGAGUGGACCAAAGCUGGGGGGUGGCAGCACCCGCGCAUCGGCCCGAUGCACCAGCUCUCCUUCCACCCAGGGUGUUCGGCUCUGCAUUAUGCCAUUCAGCUCUUUGAGGGUCUGAAGGCAUACUGGGGGCAGGACGGCCAGGUGCGUCUCUUCCGGCCGAUGCUGAACAUGAAGAGGAUGGCGGUGUCUGCGAAGAGGGCCUGUCUACCGAGCUUUGACUGCGAGGAGCUUCUAGAGUGCAUCAGGAAGCUGGUGAAGAUAGACCAGGAUUGGGUCCCACGGUCGGACUCUGCAAGUCUCUACAUCCGGCCCACAUUCAUAGGCACUGAGUCUUCUUUGGGUGUAAAGAAGCCAACCAGUGCAUUGCUCUUCGUCAUCCUCAGUCCGGUCGGGUCCUACUUCAGCACUGGGAUCAAACCUGUGUCCCUGUGGGCAGACACCAAAUACGUCCGGGCCUGGAAAGGUGGAACCGGAGAUUGCAAGUUAGGAGGGAAUUAUGGAGCCACGAUCUACGCACAAUAUGAGGCUGCGGACUUAGGCUGCCAGCAGGUCCUCUGGCUGUACGGAGAUGACCUUCAGAUCACUGAAGUUGGCACAAUGAAUAUUUUUAUCUACUGGACCAACGAAGAUGGCGAGGAGGAGUUGGCAACACCACCACUAGAUGGCCUCAUCCUGCCUGGCAUCACACGCCAGAGCAUUCUGGAACUCUCCCAAAAAUGGGAGGAGUUUAAAGUUUCUGAGCGGUGCAUCACCAUGGCAGAUCUGCUGCGUGCACUGAAGGAGAACAGAGUCAAGGAGAUCUUUGGGUCUGGUACUGCUUGUGUGGUGAGCCCAGUGGGACGCAUUCUGUACCAGGGGGAGAAUUUGCUGAUCCCCUGCAAGGAAGACUUCCCACCAUUGGCCUCCAGGUUGGUGAAGGAGCUCACAGACAUCCAGUAUGGACGGACCCCCAGUGCGUGGAGCUUCCUGCUGUAGACACACCCACCGGAUCUUCUGGAGAGCCAUCGCCAGUGUCAACGGUGCUGCCAAAACUCUACCAGCGUUCAGAAACAGACAUGUACAAAAUCAUGCGCACAGUGUCUCACAUACGUGUAGUAAACGUAAGCCAACAUGCACUCGCACACGUGUACCGUGUAGAGAGAUGCACACUAUGUUGUAAAUGUCAUCCGUUUGUGUCCUUUCGUAUGUGUAGACUUAGCACAAUAUGCAAUAACUGUAAGACAGAGGCCAUAUACAGCAGCUCCAGCAUGGAGAUUUUUGCACCAUCUAACGAUGUUCUUAACUGUCUGGAUGUGUCCAAAAUGCUAGAAUAGAUGCCCAAUACAGUAAAGUGUGGGUUCGUAGCAUUCUUUUCACAAUAUUGACUUUUCAGCUGCUCAGGUGUUUUCUAGAAGACUCCUUCUUGAGACCACAGAUAACUUUACCUAAUAUGAGAUGUACAUACAUGUGCCAGCUUUCACACUUGCUUUGCUAGACUGUAGUGCAGUUUAUGGUCUGUCUGUACAUCUCUGCUCUACCAGCAGUAACCAUCACGGUAAAAUAUCACUAAUGUCUUCGUGCUUUUGGGAGCAUUCUGGAAGAAUCUAACUCAGAAUCAGAAGAAAGCACAACAUAAUCAAUGUUUAAUGAUCAAUAAAAGUUAUUAAUAUUAGUUUACAUGAAAUAUACAUACACUAGGUAUGUACACGGCAAUUUUAGAAGUAAGAAAUAUAUUUUGGUCAAGAUAUUCUGUGUUUUAUAGUUAUAGUUAAAUCCAGACUGCCUUUAUUUUCACUCAUUGACUAAACCUCUAAGCACAAAAUCUGUUUACUGUACUGAUCUGUCUUUAACUUCUGAGAGUAUGUUACAUGUAAACUGACAGGUGUCACAUAUGUAUACAGCAUAUGGUGUGUUAUGCCUGUUUAAAUACAUGUGUCUUUAUGCCA